CUCUCCUAAUGAUCGCGACGCUUACAUUUAGAGGUCAUUAGUCUAAGAGGAGUAGGAGGAAAAAUCAAUCCGUUGGUCGAGUUUUUUAAAGUGCAAAUAAUCAUCUCGUCAACUGGUCAGUCAACGCUACGAACAAUUCAUUUUUAGCCUAUUAUUAGUCGUUGCAUCAUUAUCUCUCGCAAUACCUAGAGAGUUAUCGCCACAUCUUCGCUUAAGUAUCCCAAAUACUAAGAAGAACUACAUGAAUUUUAGAUUCUUUCCCGAAUUCGAGCGGCACGCCCAGCGAGUCAUUUCCAGCGACGAAUUUCGUGAUCGCUUCGAGGCGCUUUCACGUAGCGGCGACAGGCCCGGAAUGAUAAGGAUUUCACUCGAGGCUUUGGGAGACCCCGACAUCUCCAUCGGCGACAUGUAUCGCGGCAAGAACGAGGCGCGAUCCAAGGAGCUCCGUCGAGAGGCCACUGUCGCGGGCGAGGUCGCCCAUCCAGAUAAAGCAGCGGCUAUUUUAACGGAGGCGCUCGCAUUGGCGCCCUCGCGCAGUCAACUCUUCUUCGAGAUUCUUGUGCAACGGGCUCGAGCCUCGUAUCGCCAAGGUCACUUGAUGCGCUGUGCCAAAGACUGCCAGUACUUCGAGGAGGUGAUCUCGCGCGUCCAGGACCAGGCCUUUAUGGAGGAGAGCAGAGUGGACGUUCUGCUGCUGCACUCGGACUGCUACAAGGACUUGGGCGCGUCUAGUCGCUCCAACGGCUACUUGAACGAAGCGAUGCGAUGCAUAAGGGAGCUUGCGAGUAAGCGAUGCGACGAGGAUUAUCAAGGAGACGACUAUGACGAGCGUUUCAGAAUCGAGAAACUUGAGCUUUUGAAAUAUUUCCUCAACCGGAAGCAGCAGCGGGUCGAUAACACCGAUAAACCUCUCCGGGCGGAGGAAAAUGUACCUGUAGUUGAGGGAAAAACAAAUGAUUUCUUAAGCAGUUGUUCGGAUGCAAUUGCCCUUGGUAAUGACAAGAUGAAGGGGCGAUUUUUAUAUGCUGUAAGAGAUAUCGAUCCCGGAAGUGUCUUGAUAGUAGACAGGCCUUUCUCCUUUAGCACCGACAUAGCUGCACUGCACAAGAAUUGUCUCUAUUGUCAUGCUUCAUUAAGGCUUCAAGAUGUUAUCACAGUGCCAUGUCAAAAUUGCCAAACGGUACGAUAUUGUUCGCAAAAAUGCUGUGAGUUUGCAUGGGAUGAAUUUCACAAAUUCGAGUGCCAAAUUUUCGAUUACUUUUACGAAAAUAAAAUUCAAAAAACAAAUUCACUUUUAGCGUAUAGAACUGUAAUUACAGCUUUGUAUAAUCAGAAUUUUGAGUUAAAUGUUAAUCAAGAGUUUCUACAAGUUCAUUCGAAUGACAAGAAUCCUCUUGACAUUAGUAUAUUGAAAACAUACGAGCCACAAGAUUACAAAACUGUAUUUAGUUUGGAAACUAAUUGCGCUCUUUCUAAUCCAAAAGAUAAUUUAGAAAGGGCAAUUCAAUCCAUUUUUUUUGCAAAAUGUCUAAUUUAUUCAUUAAAUUAUUUUCAUUCAGAAGCCAAUGAUUAUAAGAAGCACUUACAAAUUUUAGCGGUCGCAUUGUUACAUAACAUGCAAACUAUUAAUUGCAAUGCCUAUGAAAUCGUUGAGAAUAUUCGUGACGAGGAAACAAAAAUUCUGGAACCACAUAACGUUGGGGGUGCAAUUUAUACUUCGGUCAGUUUAAGCAAUCACAGUUGUUAUCCAAACAUCGUUAGACACUCUUUUCCUAAUGGCAUCGUAGUUGUUAAAUCAAUACGUUUUAUAUCAAAGAGUUCAGAAAUCCUUGAUUGUUAUGGGCAACAUUUCAUUGAGAAUAAAAAGGAUUUAAGACGUAAAUUAUUAGCUGAAAAAUAUUAUUUUAAAUGUCAAUGCCAGGCAUGUUCAGCAGAUUGGCCAAUGACCUUACCAAAUGAUCAAUUUAAUUUCAAAUGUAGAACGUGUUCUAAGCCAUGUCGUCGAACUCGAACUACUGUACAAUGUACUGUAUGUAAUAAAAAAAUUGAAAUAAGCAAAUUCUGUAACUUGCUUAAAAAUUCAAUAAAAAAGAGACUGACAGCUCUAACAAAAAUGUACGAUGGUAAUUAUAAUGAAGCGUUACCAUUACUUUUAGAGCAUGCAAAAUGCAUUGAUGAAAUUUUAGUAGAGCCAAGUCUAGAAGCAAUUAAAACACAACAAUCGAUCAUUCAAUGUCUGAAUGCAACAUCAUCGACUUCUAUUUAAUCACCUAUUACAUGACAUAUA